AACCAGCAUUAUCCAACCCAAAAAUGGAUAUAACUUAUUCAAAUGUACUGAUAUUGAGCUAAUUAUUAGUGUAAUAUUAACAAAUUUGUUGGUUGCACAUAACAUGACCAAAAUAGUUUUCUCUCUUUAUUAAAAUGUUUUUUUGUUCGAAAGGCAUCAACAUUUCCUCAAAGAUGUCCACUUAUUCUUAAAAGUAAUGGAAUAGAGUCCACAUUUUAGAUGGAUCAAAAAAUUUCCUUUCUUUUUCCUUUGGCAGAUCAAAAGUGAUUAAAAACUUCAUGGAUAGACAGCGACUGGCUCUGGAAACCUGGACUGGGAAGGAGAAACCAGGGCGCCUCCCUGGAGCCAGGUCUAGGGCAGGGGGAACUCUCUGGCGGGUGAGCGCCUGCUGGUCGAGCCUUGGCUCCUGAAAGCCAUCCCGCCGAGAAAGAAUGGAUCUCAAGGCAGACGCGGAGGACCUGGAGUACAAGCGGCCGGCUCCCAUCGAAGUUUUCGCCACCAGGUCCACGCUGCAUGGCAUCUCACACAUGUUCACCUAUGAGCGAAAGUACAUCAAGCGCAGCUUGUGGAUUGUGUUCUUCAUGGCCUCGGUGGGCGUGCUGGUGAUGGUGUGCGUGGACCGGGUCCAGUUUUACUUCGAGUACCCCCACGUCACCAAGCUGGACGAGGUGGCGGCGACGAUGAUCGUGUUCCCCGCGAUCACCCUCUGCAACCUGAACUCCUUCCGCUUCAGCCGGGUGACUCGGAACGACCUGUACCACGCUGGGGAGCUACUUGCCUUGCUAAAUGGCAGGUACGAGAUCAGAGAUACACAUUUGGUUGAGGAGAACGUCCUGCAGAUCCUGAAGGAGAAGGCUGAUUUUGACAGCUACAAGCCUCGCCCUUUCAACAUGCGUGAGUUCUACGACCGUACGGGCCACGACAUCAGGGACAUGCUGCUCUCCUGCUCCUACAGAGGCUCAGGAUGCAGCCCGGAAGACUUCAAAGUG